UAUUAGGCGCCGAUAUUGUUAAAUUAACAUUUUCCUUUAUGUUGAAUGUAUUAUCUAUGUUUAAUAAUUAAUUCAUAGAUAAUACACUUAAUUUAUCAUUAAACCUGGAUAGACAUACAUAGUAAUAAAAUAGUAUGUAUAGAUUGGCUCUUAUAUAAUGUAAUUUCGAAAGAAUUAUGCAAAACUAGAGGUCACAUAAUGAACAAGUUACAUCUAUUUUAAAUAAAUAAAAAAACAAGUUUCAAAAUUUUGCUAGUAUCAUUUGUAAUAAUGUCAUCUACUACUACAACACCAUCUACACAUGCACCACCACCACCACCACCACCCCUUCAUCCUCAAACUUCCUUAGUUAAUGUGAAAUCCUCUGAUUUAAAAACAGUUUCAACAAAUAAUGUUUUUGUUCAUUUUAAUUCCUGCCAAUGGGCUGCACACUAUCCUGAAUUGAGAGAAGCAUGUACAAAGAAUAACUUAUUCUUAGAGAAGGAACCUUUCAAAUACAAAUAUAAAUACAUUGAAUCAGUACUUCAAGUUGGGCCCACAUGUGGACUUGUUGCACUGUCAAUGUUAGUUGAUAGAAAAGUUACUGCCAAUGAAAUGUUGAAUAUUGCAAAAUUAUCAGGCUACACUGGCAAUGGUGAAAUGUGCAGUUGUAAGAACAUGGUCAAAUUAGUUAAAGAAGUAUUCAAUUUAGCUGGAAUAAAUAAUGUGACCUUUGAAUUGAAAAUUGGUAACUUAUUUAGCAGUGAAACAAUUGAAUUGUUAACGGAUGGUGCGAUUAUAUUGGUGCCAUAUGAUGCUGAUUGCAAUCACUCACCGUGUCUACGUAAUGGUCACACGGCACACUGGGCUCUCAUCUGUGGAAUCCUUAUUGAUAACCCUACUGAAUCUUUUGAAUUAGAUGCCAACAAUAUUUAUGUAUUAUGUAAACAUGGAAAGUCUAAGUAUUUAGCCAUUUGGAAAUUAGCAGAUUUAGACAGCAGUAAUAAGAAUCUAAAAGAAUUUUCUCCAAAGAAGGGAACUGAUGGUUCCACAUAUGUUCUACCUGAUGGCGGAAUUGGUGGAGAAGACGGUCUCUGUAAUCAAUAUUUAGUGUUUAAAGGAUUAAACCCUAAUUAGCUGACUAAGACAAUUGUGUUGGAUCUUGUUCAGGUUCAAGACAACUUUGAACAGGACAGCUUAAUAUCUCAAUGCAUUCAUAUCGUUGUAUCUGUGGGUUCCAGUAUUAGCUUAAUGUUAAAUAGGAUUUGACGACUCUUUCCCUCAUAGUUAUAAAUAUAGUAAGAGAAAUUUAUUUAAUCAACAACUUAGUAGGUAUGUCAUAAGUAACAUUUAUAAUGGUUUAUAUUAAUUAGGGUAUAUUGGUACCAUAGCUUAAAACAUAGACUCAAAGUAUACAGCAGUUAAUUGUGUAAAUGUAUAAAUAAAAAAUGGAUUUAACUUUACUCAUGUUCUUAUAAUGUAACUAAAAUAAUAGAAAAUAUGCUGAAAGCUAACAGGCUGAAUCUAUGGGCCAGAGGGAAUGUCAGGGUUAAGAAAAUUGUUAAAGAAAUCAAUAUGAUCUAUUAUAAAAUUAUGAAUAAGUCCAAAUGAAAUGAGUUUGUUUUACAAAAGAUGUUGAAAUUAAAUAAUGUUAUUUAAUGCAAUUUUUUAUUUGUACAAUAAAUACAAAUCAUACUUGCAAACCAGAAUAAAAUUUAAUCUCAUCACAUUACUCAAAGAGAAGAAAAGAAAUAUAAUUCAUAGACAGACAAGUGAGCUCUGUAAUGAAUUUAAACAUUGCCAAAAAUUUACAAAAUAUUGCAGUCUUUUUUGCAUUGCUUUUAAAAUGAUUACACAUUAUAAUUAUUUUAGAUACUUUGUACUAAUUUUAUAACUUAAUACAUUUAAAGGAAUUAAAAUAAUUAGCCAUCAUAGUGGGCGAUUUGUGAUGAUUUCAUUAAUACAAGUUAAAUUAAUAAAACCAAGACUUUUAGAGAACGAAAUAAAAGCUGUCUUAGUAUUCGGCAGCAUUGAGAUCACUCCUGGGAACGUUAAUUUUUGAUCAAACCAAAAACACAUUCUUAUACUCUCAAGAAAUUAUAUCAUUUUAGAAAUUAAAUCAAGUUAUCGAUUCCCUUACUUUUAAGAAACGAGGUUUGUUUAAUUAAAUCAAUAACUUCCCCAUUUUAAAUAAACAGAAAAAAAAAUUUAUAAAGAUUUCUGGCAUGCUAUUAUUAAUUAUUAAUACAUUGGUUAUGACACGGUAAUAGGUAUAAAGUAGGCAAAUGCCUACAUAAGAUACAACGGAUAUAUUUCAUGCAUUAAUUUUCCGACUGAAUUUUUUCGAUACGACAGAAAACAAAAACAAUAAUUAAUGUCGGUAGACAGUAGAUGUCACUAGACGAUAGAAAGUUUUAAAGAAAAAAUUACAAAUUUGAAAGAGCUUAGUUUAUGA